AGGUGGGUAUGGUAAAUGCCUGGCGCGUGGAUGAGGAGGAGCAGCUGCAGUGAGGUGGAACACCACGGUAACCACGGUACCGUCUAGCCCUGCCCACCCCACCAUGCCCUCGUCCACGCGGAAGGGACCGCUGAAGGACCCCGAGCUGGCCGACCUCUUUUUCAAAGAUGACCCCGAGGAAGUCUUCUGUGACCUGCACGAGAUCGGCCAUGGCAGCUUCGGGGCUGUCUACUUUGUGAGUAGUACCUGAGGGCUGGAUACUAAAUUGAGAUAUGUUUAACUCUGUAUUACUGGGAGAUAUUUCACAAUAAAUUGUGUAUUUAGAUAGUAUUUGAAGUUAUUGGCCAACCAUUGGACAGGGACUAUUUCUUUUCAGUUUCUCAACCAAUGGAGAUGCUUUAAUGGCGAUUGUCAAUUGAAAGUGCCAUUUAGUCCAGGACUAGUCUUAAUCUGGGUCUGGAAAACUGGCCCUGGUCAGUGUGUAUUAUAUGCAUUGGGUGAUUGAGUGCAAUCCAUACAAUUCACUGUCAGGAUCAUGUUAGACACCCAGUCUAGCUGUCUGUGGCUAUAGAUGUCAGUCUGUCUGUGGCUAUAGAUGUCAGAGUCCAGGGACAAGAUCACUCGCUCUCUCAAGGUUGUCUAAUAAUAACUCUGCUGCCAUUUCUGUUAAAUUCUGUCUCUCUGCUGCAUUUCUUAAUCUGUUCGUCACUAAUGACAUAAAGCCUUUGAUUCUAAAUCAACACAGAGAGGGAGGAUGAAUCUGCUAGCACCAAUCCCUCCAUCCUCCUCCUCCCCUCCCUUCACCCCUCUCAUCCCUCCCUCCAGCCCUCUCCUCCUUUUCCUCCUCCUCCCCUCCCUCCGUCCUCUUCCUUUCAACCCUCCCUCCAUCCCGCAUUUUCCCCAAUCCCUCUCUUUCCUCCUCCUCCUCCACGUCCAUCAUCCCUUUCCUCCUUCCCUCAUCCAUCCCCCAGCCACUCCAGAUGCAAGGCUGGGGGGAAGAGGGAUAAACUGAAGCCUUUCCUCCUAAGACAGCUGUUCUCAGGAUUAAGUGGCGAGGCCAGCUGGUGAUGGAUAGAUGGAUAGAUGGAUGGAUAGAUAGAUGGAUGGAUAGAUGGAUAGAUGGAUAGUAGGGCAGGCAGGAGAUUUUACUGGGCCUCGGUUGACUGGCAUUAGUGCUCCUCUUUAUCCAGUCAUCUACCGGACAAGGCUACAGUCAUUGAAAUAUAAUUACUAGAAUGGGAAAUUGUUUUAAAGGGGCAAUCUGGGAUUCGAAAAACAACAGCAGUCAAUGGCUAUGUAUCAAUAAUUUAAAAGACCGAAAUGGAUAUACCAAUCCCAGAUUGCCCCUUAAAGUGUUCCAGUCAAAUUUCUAAAGUCUGAAGGGAUUUGCCCAUUUCUAGUAAUUCUAUUUAUUUGGCUAAAUGUCAACACAUACAGUACUUUGAGGCCAUCAGUCUUGUCUGGCUGAUUUGGCUGGCUAUGAUGAAAUCAUGGUGCCUUUGUGGUCAUUGAUACACUUCUUCUUUACCCGCUGUGGCUAGGAUAGCUAACUGGGAGUGUUAGCUAGCUGCAGUGGCUAUUUAAUAGCUCUACUAUGCAUUCACAUUCCUUCCAACCAAAGGCAUGUGUAUGGGGGGAAAUUACUGGAAUGGGGAACCAUUGAUGUUUAUAUGAGGAAGCCAUCCAUGUGUUCUAAAAGCCUUAGAGGGUUUAACACACGCAAUGUACUACUUACUGUGUGGUUAAGUGCAUAGCUAACUAGCUAGCUUCUCUGUUGAGUUGCUUGUUUCCUCUAUGCUUGUUUUCCUCUAUGCUCAUAUCUGUAACUACAGGGAGUUUCCUGUGGUGAUCAGAUUCUGUCACAUAUGUUUAGUAUCGCCAUCUUUUGAAGAGACAGUUGAUUCUUGUUUCCCAUUUACCCUAAUUUGACCCAGAGCCAUAUAUAGAGAUUGGCUAUAUCUCAGUCAUAUGACCUACUUUUACCAGUUUUCGGCUACCAACUGGAUUCUAGCCAGCUGUCAAAUAUAGGCCUAUAUCCUGUAUCCAGACUAGUGCUAUGUGUUUCUAUAAGAAAUGCCUGUUCUCGCAUUCUCUCUCUCUCUCUCUCUCUCUCUCUCUCUCUCUCUCUCUCUCUCUCUCUCUCUCUCUCUCUCUCUCUCUCCUCUCUCUCCCCUUCUCUCCUCUCCUCUCCUCUCCUCUCUCUCCCCUUCUCUCCUCUCCUCUCUCUCCCCUCCUCUACUCUCCCUCAGGCCAGAAACUCCUACUCCAACGAGGUGGUGGCCAUCAAGAAGAUGUCCUACAAUGGCAAACAGACCACCGAGGUGAGAGGACUGCAGCCUUUUACUCACUUUAAACACAAGUUAAACUAAUUUACCACUGUCUGCUUUAUCAGUCACACCUCAGGCCUUGAAACAGAGGUCAAACAAGUUGAGAGGAGAACUAAUACAAACAUUUUGAACUUCCUCUCAAACUCGGUCCACUAUGGCCAAUGGGACGGUCACACCUCAGGACUUGAAACGGAGGUUCAGCAUUCCAUGGACAGUCCCUUCCUCUGGCCACUAUGAUGGUCACAACUCUGUAUCUUUGAAAUCACAACCUGGCCACUGGAAUGGUCACAACUUAGGCCUUGCAGCAGAGGUCAAAUGAGACAAGAGGACAACUAACACGAACCCUUUGAAAUUACACACUCUUCCCACUGGCCACAGUAUGGUCACACCUAAGGGCUUUAAACAGAGGUUCAACAUUCCCUGCGAUCCACAAGGCCUUGGGUUGAGGUUAGGGUUGGGGUCAAGGGUUGGGUUCAAACUUCUCUCUUGUGUAAAUGGAACUGACCUAUCCAUAAACCCACUGCCCUGGCCAAUAUGUCAGGGUCAACAUGCUGUGAAUAGGGCUCUUUGCAGAUGUGUUGAUGCUGUUGACACUUACACUCUAUCUCUCAUUCUCUCCCUCCUUCUCUCCUCAGAAAUGGCAGGACAUCAUUAAGGAGGUCAAGUUUUUGGAACAGCUACGCCACCCAAACACCAUUGAGUACAAAGGCUGCUACUUGAAGGAUAACACUGCCUGGGUCAGUGGAGUGUGGCAGAGCUACCAGGGAAACCCGUUUUUCCCCCUCUUCAUCAGGCUGUUUCUAUCUUUCAACUCUUUCUUUCUUUCCAUCUCUCUCUCUCACUCUGACUGUGUCUCUCUCUUUCCCAUAUAAUCUCUCUCAUUCUCUUUCUCUCGGUCUCGCCAUUUUCUAUAUCUCGCCAUUUUCUAUCUUUUCCAUCUUUGUCUCUCUCUCCAUCUCUCUUUUGCAUAGUUUCUCUGAUUCUCUGUCUUUCACCGUUUGUCUCCUUCUCUAAACCCCCCUUUUUACAAUGUGGUUUAUGACAUGACCUUUUAAAAUAUGCACCAACCACUCCAGUGUAAAAGUCGUUAGGAAAAUCUCUUUGCACUUGACAGCACUUUCUUCUUUUUGGUUUCCACUACCUCUGCUAUGAUGGUAAUAAAUGAGGCUUUCCUUGUUUUUGUCUCUGUCAUUAUGUAAUAGAUAAUUUGGGUUGUUGGUAAUUUUUUUAAGGAGGCAACUCUCAAUCCUGGGUGUGUUUUUGGGUGUCCAGUUGUGUCUCUGACCUCUGACCUUUCUCUCUCUCUCUUCCAGCUGGUGAUGGAGUACUGCCUAGGCUCCGCAUCAGAUUUACUAGAGGGUGAGUACACACUUAUACACCUACACACACACACACACACACACAGUUCAUCCAAAGAAAAGUUACAAAAUCGCAAUGAAAAUAUCUGAGUACUUUCUGAGCAUGUGCUCUAUAAAUCCAUUAGUAAUGCAAUAUUCAUGGUAAGCAAGGAACCUUUUCUAUCUUACAGGGCAUGUAAUAUUCCACUGUGAAUGUUCUUGUUCAGGGUCUCCAAACAUUCCGCACCUUGGCCUGAGUGAUAUAUUUAGCACUUCUGUUUGUGUCCCGUCCUGGCUGUCAUGGAAACCGUUUUAAAAAGCCAUGACAGUUGGUUGGUUUUGACCUAUUUGACUCUAAGGCAAUGCGUCGCUCUGCUAGCCUGGUCACAGAUUUGUUUGUGCCGUCUUGCCAAUGCCAACUCCUAUUGUCAUUAAGUUGGUAAGGCCGCACAAACAGAUCUGGGACCAGGCUAUCACUCUGCCAGAGCAGCAAUCCACCCACAGGGAAUGUGCUUCAUAACCCUUUUAUCCCAACCCUGUUAGACUUUACACAUUUAACAGAUGCUUCUGGGGUUUGUUGUUGUGUGUCAUAUCAGGAGGGCAGAUUGCUUGUGUCUCUAGAUAUCACUGACGGUUUUCUCCCUUGAUGUGUUUUUCUCUUAUUUUUCCCCCUCUCUUCCAGUUCAUAAGAAACCGCUCCAAGAGGUUGAAAUUGCUGCCAUAACCCACGGUGCCUUGCUAGGACUGGCUUACCUACAUUCCCAUAAUAUGAUUCACAGGUGAGCUGUCGGUCUACCUGUCUUCUAUCUUCCCCUUCGUUCAAAUGUUUGUCAUCAACAGAUUAAAACACGUUUGAGUUGAUGCUGAGAUGAUAUUCGUGGUGCCUCUGUUCUCACUGUUAGGUAAUAAUAAACUCAUCAGAGAUAACGUUCUUAGAGUUGUCAUGUCUGUAUCUGCCAACCCUAAUCUGCAGUUCAACGUGCAUUCCAACAAGCCCUCUUCAUCACUUAUGGAAAAUGUUACGUGAAACCCUUAGAAUUUUACCACCAUGGCCCAUAAAGACAAAUAUUACUGUUUUACCACGUUAAAAGUUAUGAAACCAAAAGGAAAGAAAUAAGUAUAUUUAUUCACCACAUCAAUUAAUUGAGGUUGUAUGCCUCCCAAAGUACAGGCCUAAAUAAAUGUGUGCUCCGCUCACUGUUUAGCUGAGCUCAAGGAAAUGUCUUUAUUAAGCUUGAGUUAUUUGCAUUUCAACCUGACAGUGCGACAAUAUUUCCCUUUCUUUCUGCUUUUAAACGCAUCACUAUAAAGUCACAUUGUCAUAUGCACACCACAUUAGAUGCUAGAGGCUAGUGGAUAUGCAGGUAUAUGCAUGAAAAAGACAGACGCCAGUGCACUUCAAACUUAUCACUCCCAAGAGAGGUAGCCAAUACAUCUAAAGUAGCCCGUAUCACUCUGAACCAUAUCCCACCACCCUGUUCUAACCCUGUUGUCUGUGUCAUCGCUUCUUUUUUUCUCUCUCUCCAGAGAUGUGAAAGCUGGAAACAUUCUGCUAACUGAGCCAGGCCAGGUCAAACUGGCAGACUUCGGCUCUGCCUCCAUAGCCUCUCCUGCCAACUCCUUCGUAGGAACACCUUACUGGUCAGUACCUACCAUUUGAAGGUAGAGUCAGCGAUAUGACGUAGAUGCAGAAAGUAAACAGCAUAGUGGGUCAAUUUCUGCAACAACUAAGAGCGUUGAAGCGCGAGGCUCAACUUCUCCGCUGUUUUGGUCCCGUGGCUACCACGUUGUAAAAGUAUGAAGCGAGCCCGUGCACAUGCGUAUAUACUGUGUGUGACUGUGUGGGAGGUUUUGUACACUCAGUGUAUUCCUACAUGAUUAGCACCUCAACACCAACACCUUACUGGUCAAUAUCUUAACACUGACGCAAUGUAAAGCUAUAUCUUGUAUUGUAUUUGUAUACUCUUGUAUUUAGCUGUUAUUUACCCAAGUUAGUCUCAUUGAGACCUUGUCCAAAACUUCUCCUUUGUGGGAGUACUGUACCAUACUUGUCAGUACCUAACACACUACAAUAGGGCUUUCCUCCCCAGAAUGCACAUUUUUACAUUUUAAAUUUUAGUCAUUUAGCAGACGCUCUUAUCCAGAGCGACUUACAGUUUAGUGAGUGCAUACAUUUUGGGGUUUUUUUAUAUAAAAAAAGAAAAAGAAAAAAGAAAAUCAUACUGGCCCCCCGUGGGAAUCGAACCCACAACCCUGGCGUUGCAAACGCCAUGCUCUACCAACUGAGCUACAUCCCUGCCGGCCAUUCCCUCCCCUACCCUGGACGAUUGCUGGGCCAAUUGUGCGCCGCCCCAUGGCUUUUCUUCCAGCCCACCACUAUCACAUUUGAUUUAACUACUCGAGGCCUUGACGAUUAGUUGAUUCAUUGAAUCGCAUGUUCUGCUGGAACACAAAUGUGGGAAGCACCGGGACCAGAUGGCUAUGUGUCAUAAUUUACAACUAUUUAUUAUGUUAUAAAAGCCACUGGUCAUUCACAUAGAAACCCUCGUAGUAACGCUGGAGACAAACAUAUAAACAAGCAUAUAAAGAAAACAGGGAGAACUCCCAGAACACUGUGUCGAUUCUCCUGAUACUCUCUCUAUUCAUGAUACUCAAAGCUCACAGUGUGCUACUUGUAUCCAGCCAGGCAGUCACGUUAAUUCGACACAUAACGUACGCCUUCAGUCUUCCAGCAGCACAGUACUCAGAUCUGAGCUGCUAGCUAGGCUAUCACUGCAUACCAAAGGGACUUUAAGGUAUCCAGGCUUAACAGAUUAUGAAUUUCCACAAAUGUAACAGUGGUGGUUAAUUACUGACGUGUGUGUGUGUGUCCCAGGAUGGCCCCGGAAGUGAUCCUAGCGAUGGACGAGGGCCAGUAUGAAGGGAAGGUGGACAUCUGGUCCCUGGGAAUCACCUGUAUUGAACUGGGUUAGUGUACAUCUGUUUUUACUGUACCAGGCUUUUCUCAGUUUUUACUGUCUUUCUUACAUUUACAUUUCAGUCAUUUAGCAGACGCUCUUAUCCAGAGCAACUUACAGUCAGUGCAUUGGUACAUACAGUGUCUUCAGAAAGUAUUCACACCCCUUGACUUUUUCCACAUUUUGUUGUGUUACAGCCUGAAUUAAAAAUUGAUAAAAUGUAGAUGUUGUGUCACUGGCCUACACACAAUACCCAAUAGUGUCAAAGUGGAAUUAUGUUUACAAAUCAAUUCAAAAUGAAAAGCUGAAAUGUCUUGAGUCAAUAAGUGUUCAACCCCUUUGUUAUAGCAAGCCUAAAUAAGUUCACGAGUAAAAAUAUGCUUAACAAGUCACAUAAUAACUUGCAUGGACUCUGUGUGCAAUAAUAGUGUUUAACAUGAUUUUUGAAUGACUACCUCAUAUCUGUACCCCACACAUACAAUUAUCUGUCCCUCAGUCGAGCAGUGAAUUUCGAACACAGAUUCAACCACAAAGACAAGGGAGGUUUUUCAAUGCCUCGCAAAGAAGGGCACCUAUUAGUAGAGGGGUAAAAAAAUUAAAUAAAAGCAGACAUUUAAUAUCCCUUUGAGCAUGGUGAAGUUAUGAAUUACACUUUGGAUGGUGUAUCAAUACACCCAGUCACUACAAAGAUACAGGCGUCCUUAAUAACUCAAUUGCCGGAGAGGAAGGAAAUCAGGGAUUUCACCAUGAGGCCAAACAGUUAGAGUUUAAUUGAGGAUGGAUCAACAACAUUGUAGUUACUCCACAAUGCUAACCUAAAUGACAGAGUGAAAAGAAGGAAGCCUGUACAGAAUACAAAUAUUCAAAAAACAUGCAUCCUGUUUGCAACAAGGCACUAAAGUAAAACUGCAAAAAAUGUGGCAAAGAAAUUAUGUCCUGAAUACAAAGCGUUAUGUUUGGGACAAAUCCAACACAAAACAUCACUGAGUACCACUUCAUAUUUUCAAGCAUGGUGGUGGCUUGUCAUUGUCAAGGACUAGGGAAUUUUUUUGGGAUAAAAAGAAACGGAAUAGAGCUAUGCACAGCCAAAAUCCAACAGGAAAACCUGGCUCAGUCUGCUUGCCAACAGACACUGGGAGACAGUCAUCUUUCAGCAGGACAAUAACCUAAACACAAAGAGUUGCAUACCAAGAUGGCAUUGAAUGUUCCCGAGUGGCCUAGUUACAGUUUUGACUUAAAUCGGCAUAAAAAUCUAUGGCAAGACUUGAAAAUGGCUGUCUAGCAAUGAUCAACAUCCAACUUGACAGAGCUUGAAUAAUUUUAAAAGAAUAAUGUGCAAACAUUGUACAAUCCAGGUGUGCAAAGCUCUUAGAGAUUUACCCAGAAAGACUCACAGCUGUAAUUGCUGCCAAAGGUGAUUCUAACUUGUAUUUAUGUAAAUGUGAUAUUUCUGUAUUUCAUUCUCUAUACACAAGGGGUAUGAAUACUUUCUAAAGGCACUAUAGAUACUCCUCUUUGCUCCCUGUAGAGCAUUAUCUUGCAACUAGUCCACUCAGCUUCUAGCACAGACACUAUUUUGGACAUCUCAGGAGGCAUCGUUACUUGUUAGGAAAAUAUACUUUUUAUGGCCUUUCCAGAAUGUCAAAGAAACAAACAGACAUAGCUAGACCAUCCUGGACUUCCCCAUUUAGAGAGCGCAAUGACACACUCUUGACAGACUGACACAUGACAGUUGAUUCACAAUGUUGCUCAAUCAUGUGUUUGUCGUGUGAUUACCAUGGCCCCAUAUGCAUUUCGGACACUACAUGUACACACAUAGACACACACAGAGAGAGAGAGCGAUAAAAUAACAUUGUCUAGGUUAAAAUUAUAUCUUAUCUUUCCUCCUGGUCAACCAGAUAUGAUAACCCCCUCUCUUUCGCUCUCUUCCUCUCUUUCUUUACUCCCCCUUUCCAUCUCUCGCUCUCUCUCUCUCUCUCUCGUUCCCUCUCCAAAGCGGAGCGCAAGCCUCCCCUGUUCAACAUGAACGCCAUGAGUGCCUUGUAUCACAUUGCCCAGAACGACUCUCCCACGCUGCAGUCCAACGAGUGGUAAGUCCUCACCAUCCCUCUGCUGAGCUGUGUGACCACACAAACACACACCCUCUCAAAGCCCAGGAAGUCCCAGUCUGUCUCUUAUGUAAUUACCUGAGGGGCUGAGCUGAGGCCUUUCCUAUUUAAAGAACCAAGCCCCAGGCUAAACUCACAGGCAACUACUGCACUGUACCACACACCAAACCACACUCUGCAGACGGGAGGGAGGGUGAGACGGAUAGAUGGAGGGAGGCAGAGAGAGACAGGGAUUUAGACAGACAGACAGACAGACAAAUGCAGCUCUGGAUUGAGCGAGGCAGGGAAAGCGAGGCAGAGACGGGGUGAGAGAAGGAAGAGAGAGACAGAAAGACGGGCGGCAAUCACACUAGCCCCCCCUCUUUCUGGUGCUGUUGAUGCUCUUUGAACUUAGAGUGGGAUGACUGCCAUAGGAGGAAGAUCCAGUCAAACAUGACUCUGUCAACAUUUACAAUGUUAUGAUACUACAGCCAGUGUACUUUUAUUGGCACAGUAUAGUAUCGCACCAUAAAGGUUGACGUGGGUGCAAUGUUGUACUCUAUUGGACCCAAAUACUGAUGGAUAUAGAACUUACAGUUGAAGUCGGAAGUUUACAUACACUUAGGUUGGAGUCAUUAAAACUCGUUUUUCAACCACUCCACAAAUUUCUUGUUAACAAACUAUAGUUUUGGCAAGUCGGUUAGGACAUCUACUAAGUAAUUUUUCCAACAAUUGUUUACAGACAGAUUAUUUCACUUAUAAUUCACUGUAUCACAAUUCCAGUGGGUCAGAAGUUUACAUACACUAAGUUGACUGUGCCUUUAAACAGCUUGGAAAAUUCCAGAAAAUGAUGUCAUGGCUUUAGAAGCUUCUGAUAGGCUAAUUGACAUAAUUUGAAUCAAUUGGAGGUGUACCUGUGGAUGUAUUUCAAUGCCUACUUUCAAACGCAGUGCCUCUUUGCUUGACAUCAUGGGAAAAUCAAAAGAAAUCAGCCAAGACCUCAGAAAAAACAUUGUAGACCUCCACAAGUCUGGUUCAUCCUUGGGAGCAAUUUCCAAACGCCUGAAGGUACCACGUUUAUCUGUACAAACCAUAGUAUGCAGCUGUCAUACUGCUCAGGAGGGAGACGCGUUCUGUCUCCUAGAGAUGAACGGAAUUUGGUAAAAAAAAUGCAAAUCAAUCCCAGAACUACAGCAGAGGACCUUGUGAAGAUGCUGGAGGAAACAGGUACAAAAGUAUCUAUAUCCACAGUAAAACGAGUCCUAUAUCGACAUAACCUGAAAGGCCGCCUAGCAAGGAAGAAGCCACUGCUCCAAAACCGCCAUUAAAAAGCCAGACUACAGUUUGCAACUGCACAUGGGGACAAAGAUCCUACUUUUUGGAGAAAUGUCCUCUGGUCUGAUGAAACAAAAAUAGAACUGUUUGGCCAUAAUGACCAUCAUUAUGUUUGGAGGAAAAAGGGGGUUGCUUGCAAGCCGAAGAACACCAUCCCAACCGUGAAGCACGGGGUGGCAGCAUCAUGAUGUGGGGGUGCUUUGCUGCAGGAGGGACUGGUGCACUUCACAAAAUAGUUGGCAUCAUGAGGAAGGAAAAUGGUGUGGAUAUAUUGAAGCAACAUCUCAAGAUAUCAAUCAGGAAGUUAAAGCUUGGUCGCAAAUGGGUCUUCCAAAUGGACAAUGACCCCAAGCAUACUUCCAAAGUUGUGGCAAAAUGGCUUAAGGACAACAAAGUCAAGGUAUUGGAGUGGCCAUCACAAAGCCCUGACCUCAAUCAUAUAGAAAAUGUGUGGGCAGAACUGGAAAAGCGUGUGCGAGCAAGGAGGCCUACAAACCUGACUCAGUUACACCAGCUCUGUCAGGAGGAAUGGGCCAAAAUUCACCCAGCCUAUUGUGGGAAGCUUGUGGAAGGCUACCCGAAAUGUUUGACCCAAGUUAAACAAUUUAAAGGCAAUGCUACCAAAUACUAAUUGAGUGUAUGUAAACUUCUGACCCACUGGGAAUGUGAUGAAAUAAAUAAAAUAUGAAAUAAAUCAUUCUCUCUACUAUUACACUAUUACUCUGACAUUUCACAUUCUUAAAAUAAAGUGGUGAUCCUAACUGACCUAAGACAGGGAAUUUUUGCUAGGAUUAAAUGUCAGGAAUUGUGAAAAACUGAGUUUAAAUGUAUUUGGCUAAGGUGUAUGGAAACUUCCGACUUCAAUUGUAUAUGGCUUUAGGAAUACAUUCCUUUCAACAAAUAGAGGAUCUAUAAUACAGCUAAAACAAGUGGAAGCCUGCGUCACUCUUUCCGAAGUGAUUUGCCUGAAGGUGUAAGUGUUGCAUUUUUUCCCAUGUUCCUUACUGAGAGAAUCGAUUGUGUGAUUGCGAAACUAAAAUAAUACAAUAUUUGACUGUCUUUUCAGUAUGCAAAGAUUAUGCAUAUUUUGACAAAUUAGCAUUAAAAGCAAGCCUUAGUCUUGUACUGAAGAGAGUGUGUGAAGCAAGGUUAUGGUCCUCCCAUAGAGGUACAAUUUGAUUCGUCUUCUAUUGAAUUCACACACUGUAUACACACACAAACACACACACUAGUCAGUGUAUUGUUGGAGGUGUUCCAAAGAGGCCUCUGGCAUUAGCCUCUCUCAUUAGCUGAGACUAGUUUAAAAUGUAUACAACUAUGUAGACCAGGGUUCUUCAAUUCCGGUCCUGGAGGGCCGAAACACCUCUGUUAUUCAUCCUCUCCUUCUAAUCAGGGGCUAAUUCAGACCUGGGACACCAGGUGAGUGCAAUUAACUACCAGGUAGAAAUAAAAAACAGAAGUGUUUCGGCCCUCCAGGACCGGAAUUGAAGAACCAUGAUGUAGGCUAUAUGACAUCGCCAUACAGAGUUUGAAGAUGGACUUUCAAUAGCACAGACAACAUGAUGAAUAGCUAUAGAAGCACCCCUGGCUUUACCGUGACUCUAUGGCUUGAAAGUGGAAAAGUGGAUGUACAUUCACUACAUUGUAUUUAUUUGGACAGUGAAGCUAGAACUUUUAAUUUGGCUCUAUACUCCAGCAUGUUGGAUUUGAGAUCAAAUGUUUUACCAUUUUCUAAAUGAAAGCACUUUAUGUAUCUAGUUCUACCAUUUGAAGGUAUCAUAGGUACUUGGACAAAUUUACUUAUAGUGUAUUAAAUUUAGUCCAAAGAUUAGUAUUUGGUCCCCUAUUCCUAGCACGCAAUGACUACAUUAAGCUUGUGACUUUACAAACUUGUUGGAUGCAUUUGCAGUUUGUUUUGGUUGUGUUUCGGAGUAUGUUGUGCCCAAUAGAAAUGAAUGGUAAAUCAUGUAUUGUGUCAUUCUGGAGUCCCUUUUAUUGUAAAUAAGAAUAUAAUAUGUUUCUGAACACUUCUACAUUAAUGUGGAUCCUACUAUGAUUACGUAUAAUCAUUUAAUGAAUCAUGAAUAAUGAUGAGUGAGAAAUGUACAGAGGCAUAAAUAUCAACCCCCCCCCCAAAGAAACAUGCUAACCUCCCUUGUUAUUGGUAAUGGUGAGAGGUUAGCAUGUUUUUACAUUUUAGUCAUUUAGCAGACGCUCUUAUCCAGAGCGACUUGCAGUUAGUGAGUGCAUACAUUAUUUUUUUAUUUUUCAUACUGGCCCCCCGUGGGAAUCGAACCCACAACCCUAGCGUUGCAAACGCCAUGCUCUACCAACCGAGCUACAUCCCUUGCGGCCAUUCCCUCCCCUACCCUGGGCCAAUUGUGCGCCGCCCCAUGGGUCUCCCGGUCGCGGCUGGCUACGACAGAGCCUGGAUUCGAACCAGGAUCUCUAGUGGCACAGCUAGCACUGCGAUGCAGUGCCUUAGACCACUGCGCCACUCGGAAGAUGGGGGCAUGAUCUUUAUGCCGCUAACUUUCUCACUCAUCAUUAUUCACGAUUCAUUCAUGAUUAUCCCUAAUCAUGGUAGCAUCCACAUUAAUGUAGAAGUGUUCAGAAACAUAUUCUAUUGUUAUUUACAAUAAAAGUGACUCCAAAAUGACACAAUACAUUAUUUACCAUUAAUUUCUACACAACCAAAACAAACUUCAAAUGCAUCCAACAAGUUUGUAGAGUCACAAGCUUGUUGUAAUCAUUGCGUGCUAGGAAUCUGGGACCAAAUACUAAACUUUUGACUAAAUUGAAUACACUUUAAGUGAAGUUGUCCAAAUACUUAUGACACCUUCAAAUGGAGGGACUAGAUAAAUAAAGUGUGUUCAUUUCGAAAAGGUAAAACUGAUAUGUAUGAAAAUACCUUAAAAUGAAAGGUUACAUUCUGUACUGUCGCCUCGUAUAAACGUUUUAGCUUCACUGUCCAAAUAAAUACGUAGGGGAGUGUAUAUAUUCCUACAUUGUAGUAAUUUAGCAGACACUCUUAUCCAGAGCGACUUACAGUUAGUUAAUGCAUUCAUCUUAAGAUAGCUUGGUGAGACAGCUAUUGCCUUUUAUGCCUGUCUAAUCAUUGUUGUAUUCUGUUUUCUUCCAAUCCUUCCACCUCUCCACCUCCACUCUACCUCUCCUUCUCUCCACCUCUCCAUUGCUCCACCUCUCCAUCCCUCUAUCUUUCUACAAGGUCGGACCCGUUCCGGAGCUUCGUUGACUACUGCCUACUCAAAAUUCCUCAGGACAGACUUUCGUCGGGGGAGCUGCUGCGGGUGAGUGCACUUCCUGUUAUCUCUGACAGAGGCUGUGACCUCACUUCCUGUGUAAGUCUCUCAAAUACUAUCUGGACGAAUGUGUCCAAAAUGGCACCCUAUUCCCUAGUGAGAAGGGGGUUAGGGUUUCGUUAAGUGUUUUUGAACCCUUUUUUUUUUAUCUUGCGCUAUAGUACACCUGGUGUUGGAGGUUCAUAAGACAUCCAUAGUGUGUGUGUGGACUCACUCUAAACAUUCUGAACAUAUCCCCUUGACACACAAUGAAAGCUAAAGUCAGACUGACUGCCCCCCAUAGACCCAUGUGUUACAGUACAAGAGCACAGUCAGUUGUGUGUCAAUGUAUUCUGCCAGCUAGCCUUUGUUUGUACAUCCUGAUUGGCCAGUCCACUGUUAAUCUGUGUGUGUGUGUGUGUGUGUGUGUCUGGCCGUGUAAUGUAGAGUUGAUCUUUUUGUUUGUUUGGCCGACAGGUAAGCCUAUUGGCCUGCUAAGAGUUUUAUGUUCUUGGUUGGUUGUCACGCUCUCUCACUGGCCUGUCGGUCUUACCUGGCUGCCCAGGGAGGGGUUAGUGGGCUAGAGGGGAUGAGAUUGUGGGGUCUGGAGCUCUGGGGAGAAGUAACCCUUGUCCCUUAGGUGCAGAUCUAGAAUAAGUUUUCCCUCUCCCAAAUCCUAACCUUUAAUUAUUAGUAGGGGAAAGGCUAAGCUGACCUUAGAUCAGUGCCUAGUAGGCAGCUUGCUCCUAAUCUGAGUCGGGGAAGGGGGCAUCCAGAUCACUGCCCCUGAUUAAUACAAACACACACACACACACACACACACACUCAUUGCCCUCUGCCCCUCUUUGAGCUCUUUAGGAGAAAUCAGGUCACUAAUCUCUUUCCCUUCAGGUUCCACUUCCUCAAUAUAGAGGCAAACUUCGCUUCCCAUACUCCUUUAGUCCUACACCCAACCAAAACUACACUACUACACUGUCCCCAUGAUCUUUGGAGAAUCACAUGGUUGGGUGCAUGCAUCAAAAAAAUGGGGGAGGAAAAUGUUGGGAUGGGGGGGAAGGGAAGGGAAGAGAAGGAUGCGAACCGUCGGUCCGACUCCGUUCAUGGUCCCCAGGAUUGGGGUUUUUGAUUUCCUUUUUUCGGGAAGGGAUUACUCUGAAGAUUAGUCCUCCAUCUCUCUCUUUUCUAUCGCUCUAUCUUUCUCUCUCUCCCAGCCCCCUGGUCCAUGGCAGCUCUCGUUUUCUCUCACUCACUCGUUCGCUCCCUCUCUCUGUCCGUUUGUUUGAAAACGGGAAAAUGUUUCAUCUCUAUUUCCAGAGUAUGAUGUCAUCCUUCUGCUUCUGAAUCGGAGAGUCCAUUACAUUACCCCAGCCAGCAUCUGUCAGAUAGAAGGAAGGUGUGUAGGGAGAGACAUGCAUUGUUUCAGCCCCCAAGUGGUUGCAUAUAUUGCAUUUCCACUCAGCAGCCAAUUGGCUAAUUUAUUUUUUAUGAAUGUGUGUUGAGUGCAGUUGUGUGUGUGUGUGUGUGUGUGUGUGUGUGUGUGUGUGUGUGUGUGUGUGUGUGUGUGUGUGUGUGUGUGUGUGGUGUGUGUGGUGUGUGUGUGUGUGUGUGUGUGUGUGUGUGUGUGUGUGUGUGUGUGUGUGUGUGUGUGUGUGUGUGUGUGUGUGUGUGUGUGUGUGUGUGUGUGUGUGUGUGUGUGUGUGUGUGUGUGUGUGUGUGUGUACUAUAGGAUGGAGUAUUUCAUAUAUACUUUUUUUCUUUUUUUUCUGGUAAGCCAGCAGAAGAAACUCAAAUCUAGGUUGAAUAACCCACAGGCGCCCUCUAGUGACCAAUGGGCAAAGAGCGAGAGAGAGAGAUGUAAUGUCCUCUGAAAUAAUAAUCACAUGGAGUAUUGAUAUAUUAUUGAUAUAGAAUAUAUGUUAAUAAUACCAUGGAUUUAUAACAUGAAGUAACGGCUGUGUUAUAAAAGAUAAAACAUUUAAGAGGUCUUCCCCCAUUUUGUGGACCUGUUUCUACACUUACCCUGACUACCCUGUCAACAUCCUCACAGUUUUUUGGUACAUAUCUCACAUAUUUACAUACUUUAUAAUCAGACAGACAGUCAAACAGACAGACACUGUGUAUAACUUCUGACCUCUUUCUCUCCUGUCCCCCUGCAGCAUGACUUUGUGUAUCAGCAUCACCUCCCUCGGGUCCUCAUGAACCAUAACCCUGACCUCUAACCUCUGACCUCUAACCUCUGCCCUCUCUCCUCUCCCCAGCAUGACUUUGUCCGUCGGGAGCGUCCCCCACGGGUCCUCACGGAGCUCAUCCAGAGGACCAAGGAUGCGGUGCGGGAGCUGGACAACCUGCAGUACCGCAAGAUGAAGAAGAUCCUCUACCAGGAGAAACACAACGGACCCAUGGGGGAGAGCCAGGAGGAGGAGGAGGUGGGUUUAACACCACUUAAACAAAAUAUGUUCACCAAAGAUAAAAUGGGUGGCAUGUAUUUGUACUGUAUGUGUGAGAAUAGAUUUGCUUCUUGAGUGAAGGAAGGUUUAAACCUCAACUGAACUCCUAUUCCUGUUUGGCACGAAAAGGAAUAACUGUCACGGAGGAGGAAUAGGUGUCUCAGAGGUCAGAAAAGGUUGACAUGGAGAAGACACCUGUUUACCGGUCAUGAACCAGGCCCAAGUAGCACACACAAAGUAGCCACUGGUGUAAAUUACGUGAUAUCCAGAGAGACGGUCCAGGUCAGGAGCUGGACAGAGGAAAAACUGUCACUGCUAAUUUCCCAGAAUUUUUUCUGGCUUUUUGUCACCAUCAAAAAGCUCUGAAUAAACAUGUAUAAAGAACAGAUUUCCAGACAGGAUGUGCUUGAGGUAAUUUUAUUUGAUUCCCUGUGCUAGGUCCUGCCUCCGACACAGACACACACAUACAGUAAAUAAAUGGGUUGCCACAUAGCCUCAUUAAGCUUGCGACCUUGAUACAGCAGAAAUAAUGUCCUGCAAUUGAGGGCAACACAUUCAAACUCAUGUCAAAUUGACCAUUAACCCCCAUUUGUCUCAAUGGGGGUCCAUUUCACCUGGAUAGACAGACAGACAGUAGCUAUGUCCUACAGUCAUGUCUGUCUGUGUGUCUGGCCUAACCGGAUCAGUAUGCCUGAGUGUGUCACACAAAACAGAGCGUGUGACACAAAAGCAUGCAUGUGUGUUUCCCACAAUUACCAUACUGAAAACUGAUCCCCAUCUCCUGAUUCUGUACCCUCCAGGAAUCUGAGCAGGCCAGCUGUAAGACGAACAGCCUGGGCAGUAAUCACUCCGUCCCCAGCACCUCGGUCAGUACAGGUAGCCGGAGCAGCAGCAUCAACAGCAUGCAGGAGGUCCUAGACGAGAGCUGCUCCGACAUGACCAUGAUGCACCACGACUACGACAGCACCCUCGAGUCCUCCGCACACACCAAGAAGGUAACACUGACAGAGGGAGAGAAACACACACACACACAAGCUAGCAUACGCACACGUGCGUAUCACGCGCACACAGCAAGAAGGUAAGACUCAUCUGGCACUAUCAGUGAACCUCCAGGUAGUCACCCGCUCCAACCCUACUCACGUUCUCAAGAAUAGCACAAACAAACAGGAACACGCAUGCCAAUAAGGUACUGCUCAUCUAGUCCCCUCAGCCAGCAGCCACCUACACCAAACUUCAACCCACGUCCUCAAGAAUGACAGCUCUUAGGGGUGCGUCAACACAUAAACAUAAAGACUCGUACAAAGGAGUGAGCUUCUGCACUAUUCCCUCCAACCCACGUCUAAAGAAACACACAAACACACACAACCAACCUCUCUGAGGUAAUCAUAUAAUCAUACUGUUCACAAAUAAACCCAUCGCUGUUAAACACUGACACCAUGGAAACCAGACAAAUUUUUCACCCUCUCCAAAAUCCUGCUUAGCUUGAUUCCUAUAAAAAUAUGCUCCUGAUAGACACACACACACACACACACACACACACACACACACACACACACACACAGAGAGAGAUACACAGAGCCAGAGUUCAUCACUGCUGUGAAUCACACCCUCAGAACAAAGAUGCCCUCUCUUCUCUUCUCCUCUCCUCUCCGCUGGCGUCUCCAUGCAGGCUGAGGGCUGAUGUUGACACACUGCUGAAUGGCUGAGAUUCACUCUGAAUACUCUUUGUCUUGGGCAUCAUAGCACAACACACACACACACGCUUCAAACAGCAGCAGAUUAUGAGAUGCCAUUCCUCAUCUUUAGCCACGUCUUGUUCCUUGUCUUUGUCUAUGAAUCUGCCUGCAAUGACAAACUGUUAUUAAGAAUGUCACUUGGUGUCUAGGUUGACGAUGUGUCACAAGACAACCGUUGGGGAUAGCAGAACAUGAGGAGGUGACAGACUAUUGUCUGUCUAUAGAUUAUAGUUCAUUUUCUAUAUAACUGGUCAUGAACAGGACAUGAACUGAGCACAAUGUGUUGUAGUGAAGUUGCAGUAUUGGCAUUAUGACUAAAAAGAUUACAAACCCUCCAGGUUUAUACUCUAACCAUCACACUUUGGGUUAAGUUUAAUCCAAAACAUGUUCACUACCAUCCAAAAGUGCACCUGGAUUUUGCAAUUUUCUCAUCUCAUUCUGUGCACUGUGAAAAGUAAUACUAUUGUAGGAACAAGCCAUGAAACUCAGUUUCUCUUCUCUUUCGUCAGGACCAAGGGUAUAACUGGGAUGAUGGUCUGAAA